AUGGCACACAUAUUCUCUCUCGCGAACCCUGCCCCAUCAGCGUAUCAUGGAGGGAGCCGAUCGGAUGACCAAGUCAAGUUCCCAGAUAGUGGCUUCUUCCAAGGUUUCAACAAACCAUCGCGCCUCGAAGCCGACAUCUUUGAGCUCGAGACGACUGGUACAGUGAGUAUGCCGUCCUGCAAAGACCGAGCGCGGAAGCUCACCAUCAAGGAAGACGGCCCACCUUUCGCUAUGGAUCCGGUCACGCUAGAGACGGUCGGCCGAUAUGACUUCGACGGACAGGUACAAUCUCCAACGUUUACUGCGCACCCCAAAUUUGACCCAGACACUGGAGAAAUGGUAUGCUAUGGCUAUGAAGCUGGAGGUAACGGGUACGAUGCCAGUUGUGACAUCGUGGUGUACACGAUUGACAAGGAUGGGAAGAAAACUGAGGAAUGCUGGUACAAGGCACCGUUCUGUGGGAUGAUACACGAUUGCGCUAUCACGAAGAACUACUUGAUUCUACCACUCACACCAAUCAAGGUCAAUGCUGAAAGGCUCAAGAAGGGCGGCAAUCACUUUGCGUGGGACCCAGACGAAGACCAGUGGUACGGCAUCGUGCCUCGUCGGAAUGGAAAGCCAGAGGACAUUGUCUGGCUGCGCGCCGACAACGGCUUUCACGGUCACGUCGCUGGCUCAUACGAAGACUCGUCGGGACACAUCGUCGUCGACUUGACCAUAGCUUCAGACAAUGUCUUCUUUUUCUUCCCACCAGACAGCCAGGCAAACACACCCACGACGUUACUUCAACGUAACAAGCUCGUCUCUGACACUUACCGCUGGGUCUUUGAUCCCAAAACUCCAACCAACACACGGGUACAGCCUCAUAAGCUCUUUGGUAUCAACGGCGAGUUCUCACGUAUCGACGAUAGAGUCCUAACGAAGAAGUACAACCAUUUCUGGCAAUGUAACAUCGACCCAAGCAAGCCGUAUGACUUCCAGAAGUGUGGCCCGCCAGCCGGUGGACUCUUCAACGUCUUGGGACACUAUGAGUGGGACAAUGGUAAGAAAGAUACCUUCUGGGCAGGACCAACAUGUACGUUCCAAGAGCCUGUCUUCGUCCCUAAGGCCUCGUCUUCUCCAUCAGGCUUUGUGGAAGGCGAGGGAUACAUCAUGGCUUUGCUCAACCAUCUCGAUGUUUUGCGCAACGACAUCCUCAUCUUUGAUGCGCAGAACCUUGCCCAGGGGCCGCUGGCUGUCAUUCAUCUACCUAUUAAGCUGCGUCUGGGUCUGCAUGGUAAUUUCAUCGAGCAGAAAGACAUUGAUGAAUGGGCCGAGAAGCGCAAGGAGGGCGGUGAGGUUGGGCCGGCGGUACCGGCGAAGGAGAUGUUGCCGUGGCAGAAGAAGAUGGCAGAGGAGGAGGGCCUUGGGAUUGCAGUGCCAGUACCAGGGAAGGGCUUUCUCAAUGGCACGAACGGUGCGAUUGGACUCAACUGUAAUUGA